AAAGUAUAUGUAGUCUUUGAUUGACUACAUCAUCCUAAAUUAUCAAUUCUAGGCUUAGAAACACCAGCAACAGCGGCACUGAUUUCACACCUCCGCACUCACUUCUCGUUCAGCCAGUAUCUUUUUUGAAAACUUGGACAGCUGAAGCAAGAACGAUGGCAAAAUUCUCAACCAGGCCGCCCUGCCUCGCGCGAUCCAGUCCAUCAUAGAUAAAGAUGAGAUACGAACCGUCAUCCAUCGAUUCGCUCGUGGCGCAGACCGCUUGAUUCGCGACGUCGUGCAGUCAAUGUAUCACGAAGAUGCCACAGACAACCACGGAACCUACAACGGCCCAGCCAAAUACUUUUUCGAUUCAAUGGGCUCUGAUUCAAUCAAGGCCGCUCACCAUCAGAUCGGCCAAUCUCUCGUUGAAAUUGAAGAGGACGGUCGCAAGGCGCAUACCGAAACGUACUGCACUGCGACGACAAUCGCUGUGGUCGGAGGAGAGGAGAAGUGGACGACAUUCUUGGUGCGUUAUGUUGACAAUUCGGAAAAGAGAGACGCUGAAUGGAGGAUAACUCACCGUUUCUGCACGUUUGAUGAUGCGUCUGACGCUGCUAUUCUGGGAUAUCUGCCGAAGGAAAACCUAGGUACCCGCGACGGAAGUGAUUACUCUCGAAGCGUCUUCAAGGAUUAGCCGAGCCCAAGAA